GUCCCAUUAUGUCUCUCUCUUUAUGUUGCUCCGUUGUGAUUGAAGAGUUAGCUUCCGACAAAUGUACUGUCAAACGUCGCACAGCAUUUCGGGAAUCACAAAUUUCAGCAGUUAGAGAUGACCUACAACAAAUUCUCAUACGUAUCACACCUUUGAAUAAUUCAGGCUGCAAAAAGAUGGUGAAAAAAAGCAUGGGUUAUCCGAUCAUUGAAUUGGAUCUUUAUAAAAAUUUCUUAUCACAAGGUAAAGCCACUAUAUGCUUACCAGUUCAUUCUGUGAGAAUAAUGAUUAAUAACUGUCCACCAGAUAAACUUCGUUUUUUCCUCGGGACCCUUCGUACCAAAGUCAAUGCACAAAAGAAUCAAAUUCCAAAAAGACCAGUACUACCGGAUGCUCCUCCUACAUCUAUUUCACUCCUAGAAGAAAUAAGUCCACUACCUCCCCCAAAGAAAUCCAACUCUUAUCCAAAAGUGACAGAACCAUUUCCUUGUAACAUGUCGGUCAUAAACUUUCAAGAGGAAGCCUCAACUACCUGUUCACCUGAACGUGAAUCCGUACACUCAACUCCUCUAGUUUCCACUCCUGUACGAAAGAUCACGGUAAGAACACGUCAGGAUAAUAAUCGAUCAUUUGGUCAUAUCUGUGAUUUACGGAAAUCUGAUGUUUCAAGUCAACCGGGUUACGAGCAACAAAUGUCAGUUAUAGAUUUCGUAAAAAAAGGAUGCAAUGUUUUUUGUACCGGUGGUGCCGGGACAGGAAAAUCUCAUCUCAUUCGUCGUGUAGUUGGUUUACUUCCGCCGGAGUAUACUGCUGUAACGGCUAGUACAGGAUCAGCUGCUAACCUCAUUGGUGGGCUAACAGUGCAUGCAUUUUCUGGAUUAGGAGGUUUACUUGAGUCAGAUCUAAAGAUGGAAAAUGAUAACAUUUCAGCUUGGAUGGAGCUUUUGCGUACUCGUUUAAAAUUCCGCCCAGAUCUAGUAACUCGCUGGCAAAAACUGCGACACCUUAUAAUUGAUGAAAUAAGCAUGUUAAGUAGCAGAAUAUUUACACGUUUGGAACUUAUAGCCACUGAGUGUCGUCGUUCAAUGAACAAGAUUUCCGAACCAAAAGCUUUUGGUGGCAUCCAGUUGGUUGUUUUUGGCGACUUUUUUCAACUUCCACCUGUUGUACAUCCAUCUGAG